GAAUCUGUAGAUUGAUUCACUGCUCAGUUCUUUAAAUGAAUCGCAAUUUGAAGAACCGACUCUCGGCGAAGUGAAUCAUUCGUGGUGUUUACACGGUCAGCUGUCAGAAACACAACAAGCCGCUCUUCUUCUCUUCCUCAUCAGGACUGAAAACGCCAACCAGCACUGAAGAGGUUACCGUAGCGCCCUUCAGGACGGACUCUCUGGUUUUCGACCCUUUGCAGCGGGAAAGCGGAUCGACUCUUGUAACAUGAGCUCGGUGGCUGUGUUGACUCAGGAGAGUUUUGCCGAGCACCGGAGCGGGCUGGAGGACACGCAGAUCUCAGGUGGUGUUUCUGAGGAUGAAGGCUACAUUCCCACCUACCUGGAAGCCUUCCCUCCGUUGCCGGAGAAAGGCACUCCGGGGGAGAGAUCAGGAGAGCCAGUGGGGGCAUGGAGCAAAAUUCGACCCAUUAAAGCUUCAGUCAUUACGCAGGUGUUCAACGUGCCAUUGGAGGAGCGCCGAUACAAGGACAACAGCCAGUUCGGAGAAGGAGAAGAGGCGAAAGUCUGUUUAGAUAUCAUGCACAAGACCGGCGCUCACAUCGAGCUCUCUCUGGCUAAAGACCAAGGUCUGUCCAUCAUGGUGACGGGAAAGCUCGAAUCGGUCAUGAAGGCUCGGAAAGAAAUCGUGGCUCGACUCCAGACUCAGGCUUCAGCCGUGGUCAUCAUUCCGAAGGAGCACCAUCGCUUCGUGAUCGGGAAAAACGGUGAGAAACUACAAGAGCUGGAACUGAAAACAGCCUCCAAGAUCGCUAUUCCACGUCCUGACGACCCGAGCGCUAACAUUCGCAUCACCGGCACCAAGGAGGGCAUCGAGAAAGCUCGACAUGAGAUCCUGCUUAUCUCCGUAGAACAGGACAAGCGUGCAGUGGAGCGUCUUUCCCUAGAGAAGGUUUUUCAUCCGUUCAUCGCCGGGCCGUACAACCGACUGGUCCAGGAGCUGAGCCAAGAAACAGGCGCUCGCAUCAGCAUCCCGCCACCCAGCCUGCCGAAGGACGAGAUCGUCAUCAUUGGGGAGAAGGAAGCGGUUGCCAUGGCAAUCACACGCAUUCGUGCCGUUUAUGAGGAGAAGAAGCGGAAAACAACAACCAUCUCAGUGGAAGUGAAGAAAUCUCAGCAUAAAUACAUCAUCGGCCCAAAGGGCAACAGUCUGCAGGAGAUCAUGGAGAGCACCGGCGUGUCGGUGGAGAUGCCCCCGUUAGACUCCAGCUCUGAGACCAUCAUCCUUAGAGGAGAACCGGACAAGCUAGGACCUGCCCUGACCCAGGUGUAUGCCAAGGCUAAGAGCGCAAUGGCAGUGGAAGUCACCGCACCAGCCUGGCUACAUCGAUUUAUUAUAGGAAAGAAAGGACAAAACAUCGGACGCAUCACGCAGCAGCUCCCCAAAGUGCACAUCGAGUUUACAGACGGUGAAGAGAGGAUCGUUCUGGAAGGCCCGACAGAGGAAGUGGAGCAAGCUCGGGCUCAAAUCCAGGAAAUUAUUAAUGAUCUGAUGUCGAGGAAGGAUUACACGGAAAUUAACAUUGACCAGCGUUUUCAUAGACACCUCAUUGGCAAGAACGGGGGAAACAUAAACCGGAUCAAGGAGCUGUACAAAGUGUCGGUGUGGAUUCCUCAGGAUUCAGGUCGCUGUGGGUUGGUGCGUAUUGAAGGAGACCCUGAGGGAGUGCAGCGGGCUCGCAGGGAGCUGGUGGACAUGGCCCAGCGCAUGGAAAACGAGCGCACCAAAGACCUGAUCAUAGAGCAGAAGUUUCACCGCACCAUCAUCGGGCAAAAGGGAGAGAAGAUCAAAGAAGUGCGAGACAAGUUUCCUGAGGUCAUCAUCACAUUUCCUGACCAGUCUCAGAAAAGUGACAUCGUGCAGCUCCGUGGGCCCAAGAACGAGGUGGAGAAAUGCGGCAAGUUUCUCCAGAAACUCCUGGCUGAGCUGGUUGAAAACAGCUACUCGAUAUCUGUUCCCAUAUUUAAGCAGUUUCAUAAGAAUAUUAUUGGCAAAGGAGGUGCCAACAUCAAAAAGAUCCGUGAAGAGACCAACACAAAGAUCGAUCUCCCCACUGAGAACAGCGACUCCGAGACGAUCGUGAUCACGGGUAGGAGGAGUAACUGUGAGGCAGCACGGGAACGAAUCCUCGCCAUCCAGAGAGACUUGGCGAACCUGAAGGAAACGGAGGUGACCAUCCCGGCCAAGCUGCACAACUCUCUGAUCGGGUCGAAGGGGUGUCUGGUGCGCUCCGUCAUGGAGGAGUGUGGAGGUGUUCACAUUCACUUCCCCGCUGAGGGCUCGGGGGUGGACAGGGUGAUGAUCCGGGGCCCUGCGGGAGAGGUGGAGAGGGCCAGGAAACAGCUACUGCAGCUCGCCGAAGAGAAGCAAGUCAACAAUUUCUUAGUACAGCUCCAGGCCAAGCCUGAGUACCACAAGUUCCUGAUUGGCCGGGGAGGGGCGAACAUUCGGCGUGUGCGCGAUCGGACUGGAGCUCGCAUCAUCUUCCCUUCGCCCGACGAACCGGAGCAGGAGCGCAUCACCAUCAUGGGCCGAGAGGAGGCAGUGCUGCUCGCUCAGAAAGAGCUGGAGAGCCUCAUUAAAAACCUGGAGGACGUGAUAGAGGACAGUAUGGUCGUGGACCCACGCCAUCAUCGGCACUUUGUCUGUCGGAGAGGGCAGGUGCUGAGGGAGUUAACGGAAGAGUACGGCGGAGUCGCCGUCAGUUUCCCUCGUACAGGAACGCACAGCGACUGCAUCACUCUGAAAGGAGCUCGAGAGUGUGUGGAUGCUGCAAAGAAGCGCAUCCAGGAGAUCAUUCAGGAUCUGGAGUCUCAGGUGAGUGUGGAGGUGGUGAUUCCUCAGCGCUAUCACAGAUCCAUAAUGGGGCCCAAAGGCUGCAGGAUCCAGCAGAUCACCCGAGAGCAUGAGGUCCAGAUCAAAUUCCCAGACAGAGAGGAAACAGCGGCUCAGGAAACUUCUCCUGUGGAGAACAGCAGCACCAGCCCAGAGUCGGACUCCGUGCCUCGGAGAUGUGACAUCAUCACCGUGACGGGCCAUACAGAAAAAUGCGAGCUGGCACGGUCGGCCCUGCUAGCGCUGGUUCCUGUGACGGUUGACGUCGAGGUGCCCUACGACCUGCACCGCUACAUCAUCGGCCAGAAAGGAGCCGGAAUCAGAAAGAUGAUGGAGGACUAUGAGGUGAACAUCUGGGUUCCUCAGGCUGAGCAGCAGUCUGACGUGAUAAAGAUCAUGGGGCAAGAGGUCAGCGUGGAGAGAGCCAAGCUGGCACUGAUGUGCAGAGUCAAGGAGCUCCAGGCCGAGCAGGAGGAGCGGGCCUUACGGAGCUACAAGGUGGCCCUCUCGGUCGACCCUAAAUACCACCCCAAAAUCAUCGGGCGUAAAGGAGCCGUGAUCUCCCAGAUCCGCAAAGAUCACGACGUCAACGUGCAGUUCCCUGACAAGAGUGAUGAGCGGCAGGACACAAUUGUGAUCUGGGGUUAUGAGCGGAAUGUGGAGGAGGCCAAGGCAGCUAUAGAGCAGAUGGUGGCAGAGCUGCAGGAGAUGGUGAGCGAGGACAUCCGGCUGGAUCACCGGGUCCAUGCUCGCAUCAUUGGAGCUCGUGGCAAGGCCAUUCGCAAACUCAUGGAGGAGUUUAAAGUAGACAUCAGGUUUCCUCAGCCAGGAUCAGAUGACCCGGACAAAGUGACGGUCACAGGCCUGCCAGAGAACGUUGAUAAAUCCAUCGAUCAUCUCCUCAACCUCGAAGAGGAAUACAUGUUGAAUGUGACCGAGACCGAAACCUUGGCUGCUUAUAUGAAACCUCCGUCCCGGUUCGUGGGCGGAGGAGGAGACGAGGAGGGCCGAGUCCUGCCUAAAGGCUUUGUUGUCAGAGACGCUCCAUGGACCGUUCCAGGCAGCAAGGCCCCAGACAUGAGCAGUGCGGAGGACUUCCCUACAUUCGGCUCUGGUGUGGCGCCGAAACAGACGUCUGCCUGGGGACCUAAAAAGUUCUGAAUGUGAAAAUAAGAUGUACUUUAUCCAUCUGUUCCUAUAAACGUCAAAGAAAAAUCGCAGUUCGGACAGAUCUGAACUCGCAUCACCUGCACUCGUCUCCGCUUUCACAUUUAAACGUAGUUUCACGUUACGUUUUUAAACUCUCAAACAGCUACGAUUUCUACUGGCACUGAUGUUUAACUUUUAUAAUAUAUAGAGAACCUGUAGUUCACUGUGUGGCUGAUUUUAUUUUAUUUUUUAAAUAGCUUUUAACGAACGUCUGUGAAUCAGGGCCUCGUUUAUAAAACGCUGUGCGUACGCAAAGCAGUCAGUUCAAGGCAGCAGUCUCAGAGUGUCCCUUUAUAUGUUAGUAAGAAGUGGAGUUGUUGGAACAGAAGAUGUUUCAGUUUGGACGUCCUGACUAGAAAAGAUCUUUUCUAUUUUUAACUUUUUAAAUCCUGAGUGAUGAAGCAAAAUAUUGUUGUUUUUAGGUUUUCACCAGAGUCUCGGAAUUUUUUUGAACAUGUGUUUUGUGCACAUUUAUAAACGAGGCCGCACAAGGGCUUGGUGCUUUAUCUGUCCUGUUUACUGUAAAAAGAAACUUUUAUUAUUAUUAUUGUUAUUAUUAGUCCUGGAACCAGGAAGUAGCGAUUUGUAUAUCCUCCUUCGGAGAUGAAUCUGUGAAGAAUAUUUAUUAUAUUGUUAAUCUCUCUCUCCCUCUUUUUAAUUUUUUUUUUCAAACACUUAUUAUUUAUUUCAUCUGUAAAGUACAUCUUUGCAAAUGCAUGUAUAUAUAUAUAUAUUUUUUUUUAAGUCUGUGUUUUCACUUAAGAUUUAGUGACAGGAUGCUUGAAAGAGAACCUUUUAAACGCAGGGUAAAAAGAAAAAAGAUAGUUGUUUAUUUCUUUCUUUUUUGUUUUGUUGUUUUUGUUUUUUUGGUUUUAAAGGGGCAGUUUGUUUGUCAGAUGCUGAAACUCGAAUUAGAUUUCUCUCUCAUCAAACCAACUUGUUCUAAAGUAUAAAUAUAUAUUGUUAUUAUUAUUAUUAUUAUUAUUAUUAUAUUAAUUAAAUUUAUUAGAUGAACAAAUGCGAUCAUUUCAGAACCAAGAAAAACAAAUAAAUCUUUUGGAUAAAAAUGUUGCGGAUUACAGUUGUUUUUUUUUUUUUUAAGUGUAUUCGAGGAGCAAUGUGACAAACGCAGGAUUGUAACCUUUUUUAAAAUUACAAACUGCACCUUUUAAUGUUUUCAGCUCUUAUGAUAUUUUGUGUACAGAAACGAUUUAUAAAUCUUUUUUACCUCCA